AUGGUCGUGUUCGAGGGCCACGAGUUCCUUACAGAGGAGGAGAAGCGCCUCAAAGAGGAUCGCCAACGAAAGAAGUACUGGAAGAAAUGGGGCUCCUACGUGGCCGAGAGACAAUGGGCUACUGUGAGAGAGGACUACAGCCCUGAUGGCGAUGCUUGGAGCCAUUUUCCCCACGACCAUGCAAGAUCGCGAGCCUACCGGUGGGGAGAGGAUGGUAUUGCCGGAGUAUGCGACACUCAUGGCAUCCAGAACAUUGCCUUCGCCUUCUGGAAUGAGCAAGAUCCUUUCCUCAAAGAGCGUCUCUUUGGUCUCUCAAACCCUCAAGGAAACCAUGGCGAGAGCAUCAAGGAGGCCCAUUUCCACCUCGAUAACCUACCUCACUCGUACAUGAAAUACUUGUACAAGUACCCACAGAAAGCUUUCCCAUACGAAGACCUUAUCAAGGAGAAUGGCAAACGUGGGAAAGCAGACAAGGAAUACCAGAUUGUUGAUACCGGAUGUUUUGAUGACAACCGUUACUGGGACAUCUUCAUUGAGGUGGCCAAGGAGGAUGACGACCCCGAGGAGCUCCUCUUCCGCGUCACUGCGUGGAAUCGUGGUCCUGACCCUGCACCGCUCCACAUCAUCCCGCAUGUCUGGUUUCGGAACACGUGGGCCUGGGGCCGGGAGCUGCCGGAGAACAAGCCUUUGGUCAAGGCACAUGACGAGGGCGUCAUCAAGUCAAACCAUUAUACCCUCGGCGAAAGAUAUAGCGUUUUCUCGCCAUCUCCAGGCACCGGGCCCAGUGGGGACGAUGUUCUCCCGCAGAUGAUGUUCACUGAGAACGACACCAACUUCGAACUUUUGUAUGGGGGCGAGAACCCCCAGCCGUAUGUCAAGGACGCUUUCCACCGCUAUAUUGUGGACGGUGAAAAGGCUGCUAUCAAUCCCAGCCAGCAAGGAACCAAGGCUGCUGCCUCUUACAGCUUCAACGAGGCAGGGGGGGUUGGACCCGGCGAUUGUGCAGUUGUCCGUUUCCGCUUCUCCAAGAAGGAAAUGGCAUACUUUGAUGAAGAGGAGUUUGACUAUAUCGUCGACAAGAAGAAGGAUGAGGCCGACGAGUUCUACUACAGGAUCAGCCCUCUGCCCAUCUCGGACGAUCUCCGAAACAUCCAGCGGCAAGCCUUUGCUGGCAUGAUGUGGUGUAAGCAGCAUUACUACUUUAUAUGGGACCAGUGGGCCAAUGGUGAUCCCACACAACCGCCGCCCCCUCCUUCGAGAAAGGACAUUCGGAACAGUCAGUGGAAGCACCUGCACUGCGAUGACAUUCUUUCGAUGCCGGACUCGUGGGAAUAUCCCUUCUUUGCCGCCUGGGACACGAGUUUUCACUGCAUCACCUUAGCCAUGAUCGAUCCGGACUUUGCCAAGAAACAGCUCGACCUCUUUACCAGAGAGUGGUACUGUCAUCCCAAUGGCCAACUUCCGGCGUAUGAAUGGAAUUUUGGUGAUGUCAACCCUCCAGUCCAUGCGUGGGCCACCUUCCGGACGUUCAAGAUCGAGCGCAAGAUGUAUGGGAGGCAGGAUCUUGAUUUCCUGGAGCGCGUGUUCCAGAAGCUGCUUCUCAACUUCACGUGGUGGGUGAAUCGCAAGGAUGUUGACGGGAAGAACGUCUUCGAAGGAGGCUUUCUUGGGCUUGACAAUAUUGGGCUUUUCAACCGGUCCGAGCCGCUUCCCACCGGCGGCACGCUCGAGCAGGCCGACAGCACAGGAUGGAUGGCCUUUUACUGUCUCCAAAUGUUGGCAAUCUGCUUGGAGCUGGCCAAGCACAGGCGCAUCUACGAGGACAUGGCAUCCAAGUUCUUCGAGCACUUCAUCCUCAUCAGCGACGCCAUGACGUUCCGCACAGGCCAAAAGGACGAGAAGUCGCUGUGGAACGAGGAGGACGGUUUCUACUACGAUGCCAUUUCGUGGGGAGGUCCCUGGAUCCAACAGCUUCCCGUGCGAUCUCUGGUCGGGCUAAUUCCACUGUAUGCCACCAUGACGAUUGAGCCUGAGCUCAUCAACAGGCUGCCCGCAUUCAAGAAAAGGGUGGAGUGGUUUGUCACGCACCGCAACGAUGUGGCCGAGCGGAACAUGGCCAGCAUAGCCAGACGUGGAAAAGGUGACCGAAUCUUGCUUUCCAUCGUCAGCAAAGAUCGUCUGGUCAAGAUUUUGAACCGCAUGCUGGAUGAAGAUGAGUUCCUGAGCCCUUAUGGUAUCCGCUCGCUGUCCAAAUAUCACAAGGAGCAUCCCUUCUCCAUGGAAGUGAACGGGCAGACCUUCUCGGUCGGGUACGUCCCUGGAGAUUCUGACAGUGGUCUUUUCGGUGGCAACAGCAACUGGCGUGGUCCUAUCUGGCUGUGCGUGAACCACCUGCUCAUCGAAUCGCUGCAGCGCUACUACAUGUUCUUUGGCCCGCAGUUCAAAGUGGAGUGUCCCACAGGAUCAGGCGACAUGAUGCAUCUUGGCCAUGUGGCCGAGGAGCUGCAACACCGCCUUACGCAUCUGUUCGCUCGUAGAGAUGAUGGGCGCAGGAGCAUCAAUGGCGGCAGUGAUAUGCACGACUUUGACGAGCACUGGAAGGAUCACUUGUGGUUCUACGAGUUCUUUGACGGCGACUCUGGGCGAGGCUUGGGUGCCACACACCAAUGCGGCUGGACGGGGUUGAUUGCCCGCAUGAUCCACGAAACCGGUCUCAAAUGCCGUCUUCCACAAACGCCGCGUACACCUUCAGUGGCCAUGGGCCACUACUUUGAUGACAUUGUUGGACGCGGCCUUUCUGGGCGGCCGCAGACACCGUCAUCACCGCAGCUGCGUCGUCGCUCAUCCAUAGGCGGCCGCUCGAUUGGCAACCGCAGUGACUCAGUUGUGGACCUGAACGGUCAAUCAGAGGUCACAACCAGGCGCCCAUCAGUCAGCAAUGGUGUUGGUGGUCUUGCAUCACAAGUACUGCAGAAUGAGGACCUGUUGCGCGAGAAGCGGGAGGCCGACGAGGCUAUGCGGCAUUACAUCUCGGAACAGUUGCAGAAGGUUAAAAAUGACCGAGAUAUGGAGGACCAUGAGGAUGAACUGGAGACGCAUGCAUCCGAUUAG